AUGAGAAUGAAAAAAGGAUCUUUUCUAUGGUACCUUUACUUAGAUAAGAUAUACUGUUUACUAUCAUUGAGAAAUACCAGGAUACUGAUGGAAUAUUUCAAUAUUCUUGAUGUGCAUAGAAGGAAUGCUCUGAAUGAUGUGGUCUUCUAUCAUUUUCUUCAUCAUGUGACUGACAUGAGCAGGAACCAGAUUAUGACAGUAUUUGACAUGCUGGAUUGGGAUGCCACAGGAGAGAUUGGCAUAGAUGAGUUCUACUUGGUCAUUUGCAUCCUAUUGUCCCACGAGAGUCACUUAGAAGAGCAGUUUAUCUUUCGCCAUUCUCGGUCUGUGUUUGAGCUGAUGGACAAAGAGGGAGAGCUGAGGAUUAGGUUAAGCCAGUUUGAAGCCUUCCGAUUCCUCUUCAAUAUCAGAAAACAGGAAAUGGUACAGAUCUUCAAAAACUUUGAUGUUACAACAGGUGAUGAUCGUCUUAAUUACAAAGAGUUCAAGCUGUUUACCAUCUUCUGCGUUGACAAACAUCAAGACAGGAUAAAAGCACAGAAAACCAAAUCUCGAACCCACAAACAGAAAACUCUUUUCGAAAAAUGGAGGGAGGAACAGAAAAUGAAGUUAAAUAGAUAA